AUGUUUAACGAUCGAUUUUUAUUUUUUUAUUUUUUCUUUCUCUUUCCCUACCCCCCCAAAAAAAAAAAAAAAGAAUAUUCAACCGUCGUGAUUAAACAAGAAGGAGGAGGAGGAGGAGGAGGAAUCGUACCAUUUCAUCAACCUUCUCCGACGGAAAAACCUCGGAACAAUAAUGGUCCAGUCGUCCGGGAAAAAGAUGCAGACGAUCAUCAUUCGUAUCACAGGGAUAGUUCGAGGGAGCAAGAUGACAUACAUGAUCUCAGAAGACGUUUUGGGUCUGGUACCCGAGAGGUUCACAAUAAAUUAGAAAAAAAUCGUAGGGCUCACUUAAAGGAAUGUUUCGAACUCGUUAAAAAACAACUUCCGGCGUCGCAGGAAGAUAAAAAAGCGUCUAAUUUAAACAUAUUGCACAGUGCUCUUCGAUUUAUACAGACGUUACGUAGAAAAGAACGGGAGUAUGAACACGAGAUGGAAAGACUGGCUAGGGAGAAAAUUGCUCUACAGCAAAGGUUUGCGACGUUGAAAAAGGAAUUGUCGGCUCAGUGGGACCACAUCGAUUUCAACACUUUAGUUCCAGAUGUUAUGGUGGUGGAUUCGGUUCAUAGAAUACAUUCCAACGCGAUAUCAGCAUCCGACACGGAAGCUCUGCAGCGUAGGGGAUUAAUGUACAGCAGCACAUCAUCACAAAGUUCGACGGCAGCAUCUGCCUCUCCUUUAUUGCCACUCUCUCUACCGGCUAUUAAUUCGGACGAGAGGCAUUCGCCAAGGAAUAAUAAUAGUAGUCCUAAAAAUAUCGCUUCAAGAGAAGACGUACCAAAAUUGAUCUCCAUUCCCAACCGACGUGAAAGUCCCAAGCAGUCAACAACGACGACGACAUCACCCCAUUCGAAAUCUACUUCUUCGUCCAUCUCAUCACAAACCACCAGCGGUCAUUUACAAUUGCCGGUUUCCACGCCUAUUCUUUCAACUCCUCCGGGACAUUUGGCGGCCACGAUCGUAUCUCCUACCAUUCAAUUAGUGACAUCGUCCGGAAUAAGAAUGCUCCCGAAUGAUCAGUCAUUGGCAUUAAGUCUUUCUCAUCCAAACUCCGUCGCGUCCAGCGGAGUUGCGCUCGUUCAUAAACCCAACAACGGGGAAUCAUCCACGGAAGCUUUAGGGCUCAUACAAACAAAUGGCAUCAGGGGUAAAAGUCAUCCGAUCGGUCUUGCCAUUCAAAAUGGAGCUUUGGCCCCUGAAGGAACAUCGUUACUUCCUAGUCAUUUAACGUCAGCCGGUAUAACGCACGUGGUGGCUCCCAUUCCGGGUAGUCACGGAACGUUGGUGACUCCCGUUCCCGUAACCGUCGUCUCACAAGGAAGUCAAGUGGCUCAUAUAUUAACGGCUUCGCCUCAGUUGGGAAACAAAGUUUGUAUAUCGUUUUGCGAAUAA